AUGACAGCCGACAAGAAACCCGCAACAGCCAUGACUUCGGCUCAUGCUAGAUAUGCGGGAGGUUUCAUCCGCACAUCAACGGGAUCCCUCAUCUAUGACUUUGGGCCCGCGCGAGGUCUCAUAACGUCGCAAUGGGCGCAGAUCGCUGGGCAGCUUAUGAAAUCCCGAGCACCAAGCGAUGUAUCAUUGAAACCUUCUGGACUCGACAUAGAGCUGAAGUCGUCUGUGCGAGAAUCAGAUACUUCAAGAUACUUGGUAUACGAAGUGCGACAUUGCGACAAACUACACAUCGUCGGAUAUCUACAGCAGGCGAGGCUUGGUGAUGUCGACCAGGCGAAAUAUGCCUUUGACAGUUUCUUGGCUUCGCUGGUACUAUCUUCCAUACGCGUCGACGGCAAUGUGGAUCAUGAUAUUUUCACCAAGCUGAAUGCUGAACGCAUCACGGACGCUGUCAUCAGCCUUUUUGAAGUCACUCUUCAACAUAAAUCCAAGUAUGACAAAUGGCAUGCUGGUGGCCGAGAUGUGUUUCGAAGAUGUGUGGACGGCUUUACAUCACGAGGAAAAAUGAUUGAGUUUUGUCUACCAGCUUUCCCUUGCAAGUCUUCCAACACGCAAAAGGUUCUCUCAGAUGUCCCGGACCGUGGGGAGUACUUGGCUCUGACCAAUUUGCAUAACUUUUUACGGGAAAUUGAAAACAUCUACAGCCCAGGAGCAAAACUUUGGAUCAUUAGCGACGGCCACGUAUUCAGCGACUGCAUUGGCGUCGACGAUGAUGAUGUUGAUGCGUACGGAGAACAGUUGAUGAAAAUGAACCACAAUAUAGCACAGAAACUGGGCGGCCAGAACAGAAUUGAAUUCCAGUCUCUGAUCGAUAUAUUCGCUGCUGCAUCUUUUGAUCUGCAGAGGGAGCUCGACACUCAUCGUAGAGCUUACCCUGAAUUUCUCUUGCAACGCCACCUACCGACCAACACGACAGAUAUUGCCGACACGUGCCGCAGUGUACUCAUGUUGGGAUUCGGUCCAGACCAGAGCCAACUGAGAAACGAGCUAGACAGCCACGAUGCGGGCAUGACCGCACUAUAUCGAGGAUUUUCGAAGUUCAUGCUCGAGGAUCUGAUCCGCAACAAGUACACAAAACACCUAAGCCGAACCCAAGUCCGUAAGAUCGCGGCAAGAGUGGCCUUUGAGAUGAUACAGCGUAACCAAGCCUACUCCAAUCUUGUCGAGGCGGUGUUCCCACGUCACAUUCGGCUGUCAAUCCACGCACACGAUAACUCUGGACCCAAGUUUGGCGUCAAUUUGCUUGGCCGCAACGCCAAAGCCACGGACACGCUACCGCUUGUUCUCGAGCACCAAGACGGUGGCGAUAUCUUGCACGUCCCCACACCGUGGCAUAAUUGUGUCGUUCAGAUAGAUGGCCAUCCUUCAGUUAUUGUCACAAAGUCAAACAUUGUACGAGAAGCUCUGGCAUCAGGGAAAUUUCGUGGAGGCAUUGUGGAUUCACCAGUGGAAGGCCUUUACGCACAUAUCACGCCGCAGUGA